AUGGACAGCCAACAACAUCCAACAGUUUCAUCAAUCUCCCAGAUCCCGGUUCCUGCACCUGCAAAACCUCCCGGGUCUCGAUCGCCAGCCAAUCUGACACUGCCUAUGGCUGGUGCUCCUGAAAUUAUCCGUGCACACCAGAAAGACACAUAUGUUUCUUCUGUUCUUUCCGAUCACCUACUUUCCGCAGUCCGAGCUAUCAAGGGCUCUCGUUAUGUCCAUGUACAUACUUCAUCGCUAACAGCUCUGGCAUCUUUCUUAUAUCUAGCAGCUACAACUGGCGCAUCCUCAAAAACCCUUGGGGAAGAGUACUGUGAUCUCAUGUACGUUUCUGAAACAAUCCCUAAAACUGAAAGUGGACUUCCUGCAAUUCCUUCAGUACCGAGUCGAUGGACUUUUGUAGCUGUACAGAGCCUGGGACCUCUGGUUGCUCUAGGUUUAGGUCCAGCAAUCAAACGUUCGGUUGACCGUUUAGUUGCCAGGUCCCAAGCACAGGACAAUGUUCAAACCCGCAAAAGUUCUAAGCGGUCAUCACCAUCUACAGAACCCAGUUUGCGUACUCGUCUAUUAGUUUUUUUGCAAUCUUUUAUUUCCCGUUUACCUAUUAUUUUUGCCCGUGCAACUGCCAUCCAUCUUGCUCUCUUUUACUUUUCAGGCAAAUAUUAUUCCUUAAUAAAACGUGUCUUGGGAAUGCGUUAUAUGCUUGCACAUGCAGAAUCCCCAGAACCACCUGGUGCCAUGGCCCGUGGUGGUGAGUAUCAUGUUCUGGGUGCGUUAUUGCUGGCUCAAACUGUGGCCCAGACUGGUGUUUUUUCCGCGGCUCGUAACGCUCUCAGCAGCGUAGUAGAACGGAUCUUCAAAUUACAAAGUUUAACAGAGUCUUCAAGCCAAAGUGCGACAACAGUUGCUGGUCAAGGGAAAGUUGUUUUGAAAGCUGACAUGACACCCGAAGAAAUGAUUAGUGCCAUUUCUCAACAUACAACAACAACUACUACUACUACUACUACUACUACGACCCAUACACACCAAAACCCAUCUCACAAGCAAAUCCGACUUGACGAGGACCCAUCAGCUUUUGCAUUUAUCCCAGAACAAUCUCGCACAUGUGUGCUGUGUUUAAGUGGCCUACGCGACCCAACAACAACGCUUUGCGGUCACUUGUUUUGCUGGGAAUGUAUUGCUGAGUGGUGUCGCGAGAAACCAGAAUGCCCUCUGUGUCGUACUGCCAAUUUGGAGCAAAACCUAUUAGUUCUGCGAUCGUAA